AUGGAUACGACGCCAUACCGCCAGAUCCGUACGCUCUACAACGCCGACACAAUCACCGUUUACCAGGCCUACAGCGCCGAAAUAGCGAUCCCUGCCGUUCAACAGCAAAAACUCUCCGCAUCCCCUGCAUUCUCGCCGACGCGCAUGACAUGGAUCAAACCCAGCUGGUGCUGGAUGAUGUACCGGGCCGGCUAUUCCUACAAGGAUGCGCGACAAUCUCAUAUCCUGGCGCUGGAGAUGAAGCACGAGCAUUUUCGCGAGCUGUUGAUGCAUGCCACCGUGGUCAACCAUGAACCUCCGCGCCCGCUGACAGAGGAGGAGAAGGAGAGGAAGGUUCGGGUGCAGUGGGAUCCGGAGCGAGAUCCUCGGCUUGGCAUGUUGCCUUAUCGCAGCAUCCAGAUUGGGAUUCAGGGGGACUUGGGGAGGAAGUGGACGGAGGAGUGGAUUUGGGCGAUUAGGGAUGUAACGGACAUGGCGCGAGAGAUGAAGAGAGCCUUGGAUGAGGAUGCUAACGUGGGUGAGGAGGAGCUGAGGAGGAGAGGUUUGAUGCCAGACGAAAAAGUGUAUAGUGUUGAUGAAGAGUUGAAAGAGGUGCUCCGAAUGGCAUAA